AUGGAAACUACAAAGAAAAAUGUUGUGAAAGAACUGCCAGCUGUCGCAAGACAGUUGCCCUCAUCAAAUCCUGCUUUGAGAGCAGUAGGGCCGGAGGAAGGCGGGGGAGGCCAGGUGCGCAGAGCUGCCUCCGCCGGCGGCGGGCGGUGCGUGAGGAGCUCGGCCGGGCGCUGCCGCCAUGGAACACAUCCGGAUGCCCAAGGUGGGUCUCGCCGGCCGCGGCAGCAUCCCCACGGCCCCUCCCGCUCCAGCCCAAGGGAGCCUCGCACCGCAGCCCUGCGGGCCUCUACGGCCUUCCAGCUGAUGCUGCGGGCUGCUUUCCGGCCACUUUGCCCUGAUACGUGCCCAAAACGCCGGGAGGUGGGCGCGUUGCUCUGCGCUAUGGGCUUGUCGGGCUUCUCACUCCGUCCCUCUGUUAACGCAGGCACUGGCCGUGAGCUGCAGGUGGAAAAUGUUAGGUUACUUGAUCGUUUAUCUUCAAGAAGAGCUGUGGUGGGAACGUUAUAUUUAACAGCUACCCAUGUCAUAUUUGUGGAGAAUGGUUCUGAAACUCGCAAAGAAACCUGGGUUCUCCACAGUCAAAUUGCCUCUAUUGAGAAGCAAGCCACUACUGCCACUGGUUGCCCGUUACUGAUCCGCUGCAAGAACUUCCAGGUCAUCCAUCUGGUGAUCCCUCAGGAACGAGACUGCCAUGACGUUUACAUAUCUCUGAUACGUCUGGCUCGACCAGUGAAAUAUGAAGAACUGUAUUGCUUCUCCUUCAAUCCAAAAUUAGACAAAGAAGAACGAGAACAAGGGUGGAAGCUUGUGGACCUCAAUGAAGAAUAUAAUCGGAUGGGUGUUCCAAACAACUAUUGGCAGAUUAGUGAUGUAAACAGAGACUACGGAGUUUGUGACUCCUAUCCUACAGAAGUCUAUGUACCAAAGUCUGCAACUGCACACAUCAUAGUGGGGAGCUCUAAAUUUCGCAGCCGAAGGCGUUUCCCAGCUCUUUCCUACUACUGCAAGGGUAACAAUGCCUCCAUAUGUAGAAGCAGCCAACCUUUAUCUGGCUUUAGUGCUCGAUGCCUUGAGGAUGAACAGAUGCUCCAGGCCAUCAGAAAAGCCAAUCCAGGAAGUGAUUUCAUAUAUGUUGUUGACACCCGGCCCAAACUCAACGCAAUGGCAAACAGAGCAGCAGGGAAGGGAUAUGAAAAUGAAGACAACUACUCCAACAUCAAGUUUCAAUUCAUAGGCAUUGAGAACAUCCAUGUUAUGAGAAAUAGUCUGCAGAAAAUGCUUGAAGUUUGUGAGCUGAAAUCACCUUCAAUGAGCGACUUUCUGUGGGGCCUAGAAAAUUCGGGCUGGCUGAAGCACAUCAAAGCCAUUAUGGACGCUGGCAUUUUUAUUGCGAAGGUGUUAAUUGAAAAAGACUGGGUUUCCUUUGGCCACAAAUUUAACCACAGGUACGGCAAUUUAGAUGGAGAUCCAAAGGAGAUAUCACCUGUUAUUGACCAGUUCAUUGAAUGUGUUUGGCAGUUAAUGGAACAGUUUCCUUGUGCCUUUGAAUUCAAUGAAAGAUUCCUCAUCCACAUACAGCAUCACAUCUAUUCUUGCCAGUUUGGGAAUUUCCUGUGUAACAGCCAGAAAGAAAGAAGAGAGCUUAAAAUCAAAGAACGAACGUAUUCAUUGUGGGCUCACUUGUGGAAAAAUCGUGCUGAUUACCUGAAUCCUUUAUACAGGUCAGACCACAGUCAAACCCAAGGGACCCUGCACCCACAGAUAGCUCCAUGCAACUUCUUAUACAAGUUCUGGAGUGGCAUGUACAACCGCUUUGAAAAGGGGCUGCAUCCUCGACAGUCAGUUACCGAUUAUCUGAUGGCAGUGAAGGAAGAAACUCAGCAGCUGGAAGAAGAGCUGGAAGUCUUACAAGAGAGAUUGGCAAAUCUUCAGAAAUCACAGUCAGGUAAUAAUAAAGUCAAGAGUAAGCAACAAGACCAAAACAAAAAAUUUGGACUGUAUACUUCCAACAACAGCUUAGCUAACACUCCCCAGGAGUAUAGCAAUGAUCUGAAAUCAUUCCCAUCCCGGAGCCCUUCUCAAGGGGAUGAAGAUUCCGCCCUGAUUUUGACACAGGACAACCUGAAGAGCUCUGAUCCUGACCUCUCAGCCAACAGUGACCAGGAGUCUGGUGUGGAGGACUUAAGCUGUAGGUCCCCAAGUGGGGGUGGCUGCUUGCCUAGUGAAGACAGUGGCAAGGACUCUGAUGAAGCUGUAUUUCUGGCAGGCUGAAAUACCUGCACGGCAGCAAGGAUCCAGAUGAUGUAAAGUCUUACACAGUCUGGAAUGACAUCUUUUCAUCAGAUGAAGAAUGGAAGUGGACUGUGGCCUAAAGAAAUAAUCCAAAGAAAGGGAACUGUGCAAUUGUGUAAGUUAAGAUCCAAACAGAACAAGUUAUUACUAAUUUUAAGACAGUACACUAAAGAAAGGUAAUAUCUGCUGUUAUAUUUCAUUAAGCCAAUAUAGUGGUUGUUUUAUCAAUGCUGUACAUAAUUAUUCCUUACUUUGUACAUUUCCAUAGUUAUUUAUUGGACAGAAUAAUA